AUGAUCAACUGCCAAUAUGCUUUUGCAUCCGCAAGAAACCCUGAAUCAUCCAGUCUAUAUCCACUCUGUGUACCUGUCACAAAACGAAAUACUCAACUUAUCGAAGGAUUUUUUGGGGAUGACGGGUGGAAGAUCACGUAUCAUGGCAUGAAGCCUUUUUUUGAAAAGGAAAUGAUGGAUAUAGAGACUGACGAUAUAAUCCUCUCCUUGGCCUGA